GCGCCGCCCUCGCCCCGCAGGUACCGGCUGAGCCCGCGCGGGGAGCGGCCCCGCGGCCGCGUGGGACUCGGCUGCCUCCUCCUGCCCGGCCGCGUCCUGCUGCUGGGCGGCGCCGACCCCUCCGGGGCCUUCGCGGACGCGCAUUUCGUGGAGCUGGCCCCGCUCCGCUGGGUCCCCGCCGCCUGGCGCGGACUGAGGCCGCGCUACGAACACGCCACGUUCCUGGCCGCCGCCGGCCCCCCGCGCCUCUGGGUGUUCGGCGGCGCCCAGCCCGCGGGGAACCGCAGCUGCGUCCAGGUGCUGGACCCCGAAAUAGGAACGUGGGAGAGCCCUGCAGUGAGGGGCCUGCAGCCGCAACCUCGGACAUUCCACACGUCCUCGGCGGCCAUCGGGGCCCGUCUGUUCGUGUUCGGGGGUGGAGACAAGGGAGCGGAGCCGGUUAAAGACCAGCGACUUCACGUGUUCGACACAGCCACGCUGACCUGGUCCCAGCCAGAGACUCACGGUGAUCCCCCUUCUCCUCGGCACGGGCACGCCGUGGUUGCAGUUGGGACCAAACUCUUCAUCCAUGGAGGUUUAGCUGGAGAUGUUUUUUACAGUGACCUGUUCUGCAUCGAUACAAAUGACAUGAGGUGGGUGAAGAUCCCAGCCACCGGGGACGUCCCUGGAGGACGGGCAUCCCACUCCUCAGCAGUGUUCCAGGACCACUUGUACAUUUUUGGUGGAAUAGGUCCAGAUGGGACACUGGAUACUACGUACAAGUAUCACACAGGAAGGCAGCAGUGGACACUCCUGCAGUUUGAAUCUCCCUUGCCCAGCGGGAGGCUGGACCACGCCAUGUGUGUCAUUCCCUGGCAGGCUGGGGCACACGGGGACACAGGAGAGAGCCCAGCUGGGACAGAGCCACCUCUGUCAGCAGGUGACAGGGCCGAGCCCCUCCAGCAGGGCCUGGCUGAGGGCUGUGCUGAAGACACCUUUGUCCACCUGCUGUUCGUGUUUGGGGGGAUGGACACACAGGGGCAGAUACACAGGGACUGCCUGGUCACCCUCAUUGAGUAGUGUCCCACAGCAGCAGCCUCCUCCUCUGGGGUUAAUUGUCCCUUAAGCACCUCCUUACCCUUGGGCAGCUGGCACGGUGCUGACACCCCUGAGGGCCAGGGUCUCUGCCUGAACAUGGCCCUGCUGCAGCCCCAGCCCAGGGAACAGGGCAAGGGUGCUUCAAGGCACUGCUGGAGCUGGCAGCAGACAAGGUCAUUCUGGACUUAACUAAUCCUAUGGAUUGGAUAAGGAUCAGUUAAAUAAAGAGACCAAAUUUCAAUUAUCCUUCUUUUUUUUUAAGAAUCUUUAUUAGGUAUAAGCUGCUUUUCAAUCUUCAGAAAACUGUUCUGUUUCAUGAGACUUUAUUAAAGUUCUGAAGUUUUAAUGCUGCAGAAAAACAUAAUUAAAACUCCUCCCUCACUGCUGGGCACCAACACUGCUGGAGUCAGUGGGUUCUGCUGGAUAACCUUUCUCUCCCAGAUCAAUAAAAGCUGCCCCUUCAGCAGUUACUCAGGCUUAAUCCCCCCUUCCUUAUCAGGAUCUGUUGUAAAACUGCAGAGGGGUCCAAGUCCACCUGCUCCCUUCAGAAACUGAGUCUCAAGCUCACUCCAAGGCAGCAGAGGCCCAGCUCCUGCUUUCAAGCCCCCCACUCUCCAUGAGCCCAUGAAAGGUGACCUUGAGGGGGUGAGCUGAACUCCAUCCUCCUUUAGGGUUAAUCCAGAUCCUGACUGGAGUUGGGUAGUGGAAAUCACAGAACUAGAACAGAGUCCAGUGUAAAUAACAAAUUUAUUGUGGUCACUCCAGGUAGAAAAGCUCUACACCAAGUUCACAUGACCAAGUUGUUAAAUAGAAUGUUCCACUGCCAAUACUUCUACACCCACAUUUACACUCCCACCCCGCUCCCCUCCCCAGACAUCGAGCAACUGCUAACGAAAAGCAGGAUACAGCCACGUCGGGCUAGCGGUUCCAGCUCCACUCACGAGUGAAGAUUCAAAGUUACAUUCCAAAUUAAGAGUUCAAUAU